AUGGCUGCGUUAUUUCGAGCAGCAACAUGGGUGCUCCCUCUGGUGCUAGCAGACGUAGCGGCGGCAGCAGCAGCUGCUCCCACCGGGCCCUCCGUUGAGACCUCCCGCCUCUUCGAAGCGGAAACCCACCACCGCCACCACCGACGACAGCGACCAUCACCAACGUCGCCAAGCGGGGGCGGCCGAACUUUCUCUCCGGCCAAUGGCGGCGGCAAUGGCAAUGGCAUAGCAUCCUCCCGCAACAAGCACGAGGUAUCCAUCCGGCGAAGAUCCAACGGCCAGCAGAGAAGAUCCAGCGGCUGGUUGGGUUGGGCACCCGACGCGAGACAGCACGCGAGAAAACCCCGCCUUUCUGGAGAUUUACCGGCCGGGUUCAUCGCGAGCCCGGCGGCUGCGCUCGGACAGCAGAGACGAGGGACGCGCACUUGCGGCGGCAGCAGCAGCGGCGGUGACUCUCCGUUGAGAAGUUUUGGAGGAGGCAGAGAGGCGGGGGUACGGCGGGACGGGUGGGUCAGGACGAAACAGCCGGGGCGGCAGCAGCGGCAGCCUGUACCGUGGGGGGGAGGGCGCAGGGGCGGGGGCGGGAGGCCGUCGUCUGAUGUGGUGGUUCUUGGUGGCGGUACGGGGGACACGGAGUACUACUCCUGGACGGAGACGGACAGCGACAUGGAGGUCCGCGUACCCCUUCCACCUGGAACGGCUGCGAAGAGCGUGCAGCUCAGUGUUACCAAAACUUCACUCACGCUUGGCCUUAAGGGGCGGGAAGGGCCGGUCUUGAAGGGUAGCCUGAAAGGGCAAGUCCAUGCGGACGAGAGCCACUGGACCAUGGAGGAGAUGGAGGACACCGGGGAGAAGGUGCUGUACCUGUGCCUCGAGAAGGUGGCGGACAUGGAAGCCCUUGCGGCGAACAGCAUGCCGCAAGACUGGGUGGGGGUGCUCGAGGGGGAAGAGCCCCUCAACGUCUACUACCCCGACAAGGAUAAGGACUUCGACGUUGGCGAGUACGUGAAGAGGAUGGGGUACGAUCGAGAGAGAGACAUCGGCAAGGUUGAUAAGGCCAUGUUCUCGGACCUGACGGCCGAGAUGAAGGAGAAUCUCCAGACGACGCUGCCGAAGUCUUCCUUCACCGAUAAGGACGACAUGAUCCCGGUCAUGGCAGACCCCAAGGUUUCCCCGGUGAUCGACACCGGCGUCCUGGGGUUGCCCACGCCCCCUCCCCGCGAACCCGAGGCAGUGCCCGACGAGACGGUAAACGUUAACGCCGACGGGACUGUCAGCAACGGCGGCGGCGGGGCUGCUGCCAUCGACGCGGAGGUGGUGAGGGAAGGGUCUUGGGAGGCGGGUUUCGCUCCGGACUUGGGGGGUGCCGCUGCCGGGGGUGGGCCCGAUGAUUCUGCGUACUCUCCCGCCGGGUUUAGGGCUGACGCGGACUUCAACGUCCCGAUGAAGGACGGGGAGGCGGGCGAAUUGACGGAGAGGCAACGUGAGGUGGCAGCGGGUCUGAGAAGGACCUACGAGAAACUGGUCAAGACGGGUAUGGUGCAAGAGACCAACCCGGACGGAACCCCCGCCAAGAUGCCCGACAUGGAAGAGAUGGCGAGGGCGUACGAAACGGAGGGCUUCAUGUUCAAGGAAGGCGAUUUCUCCGAGGAAGAACUGAGCAAGUACAUGGACAUGGACAUGGGCAUGGGCAUGGGCAUGGCAGGCUUGGCUCUGGACGAUGACUUGCCUGGCGGGGACAUCGACCUCGACGACCCGGCCACACGAUCGGCGUUCGGCCUUGAUUAG